AUGGCUAAACUAUCAGUCAACGGUGAGGAAGAUGAUGGACUAGUUUUUGAAGAGGACGACGAGCUCUCUACAGGUUCUGACAAUUCUCUCUGUCUGGUAGGACGUUUUCUUAUCGAUAAAACUAUAAACUUCCAGGCUAUGAAACAAACCUUUGCUUCCCUAUGGAGGCCUUUCAUGGGAAUGUCAGUCAAUGAGGAGGGGACUGGGUUUUACCGUUUUCAAUUUUAUCACAAGGUGGAUGUGGACAGAGUUCUUGAUAUGGCACCAUGGACUUUUAACAAUCAACUUUUGAUUCUCGGUAGAGUUGAAGGUAAUAUUACAUUGUCUGAAAUUCCUCUAUUUGAAACUCCUUUAUGGGUCCAGAUUCACAAACUUGAUGAUGGGUUUAUGACUGAAAGAGUGGCAGUCCAUUUGGGCAACGAACUUGGUUCUUUUCUAGAGUCCGAUCCCAAUAAUUUCACAGGGCCAAGACGAUCCUAUAUGAGACUAAAAUAUUUACAUGAUGUCCGUAAUCCCAUCCGACAAACACUGAAGCUCCGUUCAAAGGCUGGAAAUUGGUUCUAUCCCACACUGGCAUAUGAAAGACUACCCAGAAGCAUUUCAUUGGUCAGAAAGUUUGGUCCGGACAUUCGAGUUUCUAACCAGCGAAGCCUGCGAAUAGGUGAACGGUGGUUGAGGGAGGAGACAGGUGGGUCCUGGGAUACAGCUACUCAUGAUGAUGGUGUUGAAAAAGCCACCAAUGACCGAAACUUUCAAAAUUCGAAUCAGAAAGGAGAUGUGGCUGUUUUAGAGGGCAUGAUUUGCGGAGAUGAUUAUGCUCCUAUGGUGGAUGAGUCAGCAGGGAACAUUUCAAAUGUGGACCCAACAUUAGGUGACAGUUUUGAAAUUAUCAUGGUAGACCCAAAAAGGAAACGAACGGACCUUGCGCCCUCCAUGUUGCAUGAUGAUAUUCCAGCUGUUUUGGGCAUUACUUCAGUUUCAAAAAAUGGGCCAUUGGCGGAAAUAAAGACUUUAUUAAAUUAUGAUGGUUUUGUUAGUGUUGACUCUGUUGGCCAUAGCGGCGGUUUGGCAUUACUAUGGAAAGGUGUUUCGUCAGUUAAUCUUAUCAGUUCCUGCUCUAGAUAUAUCGAUGUUGAAGUGGAUUUGCACCAUUUUGGUGUUUCGCGGCUUACAGGCUUUUAUGGGGAGCCAAAUCGAAAUAGAAGAAAUAAUUCUUGGCAGUUACUCCGUGCUUUAGCCUCUCACAGUGUUUUGCCUUGGCUAUGUUUAGGCGACUUCAAUGAUAUCCUUGCUUCAUCGGAAAAGAGAGGGGGAAGACCUCCUCCUAGUCAUCUUAUUCGGGGAUUCCAAGCUGCUAUCUCAGAUGCACAUCUGCAUGAUUUUCCUAUGUCUGGUUAUGCCUUCACUUGGGAACAUGGUCGUACUAGUGGCAAUUUAAUUGAGGAAAAACUUGAUCGUAUUUUGACCACUGACUCUUGGCGACGAAAAUUCUCUCAAGCCCGAGCUAUGGUUCUUGAUAAAUCGUUAAUUGAGGAAGAAACUGUGGCAAUUUAA